AUGUUGGAGGGACUCGUUGCCGGCCUGCUCAACAGGUUCCUGGGCAUGUACGUCAAGAACUUUGACCCCGCACAGCUCAAGGUUGGGAUCUGGUCUGGCGAUGUCAAGCUACGGAACCUCGAGCUUCGGCGGGAAGCCCUCGACCAGCUGAAGCUGCCCAUCAACGUGAUGGAAGGCCACCUCGGCGAGCUCACUCUCAUCAUCCCGUGGUCCAACUUGCGCGGCGCACCCGUCAAGGUCUUUAUCGAAGAUGUCUUCCUGCUGGCCUCGCCCAGGGAGGAAGCCGCCUACGACGAAGAAGAGGAGGAGCGCAGGAAACAACGCAUAAAGAUGGAGAAGCUCGACUCGGCCGAGCUGCUCAAGGAGAGGUCUCAAGAAGGCAUGAGCCAAGAGGAGCAGAAGAAGAGCCAGAGCUUCACUCAGAGCCUGGUCACCAAGAUCGUCGACAACCUGCAGGUCACGAUCAAGAACAUUCACGUCAGAUAUGAGGACGCCAUCUCCGCGCCUGGCCAUCCCUUUGCCCUCGGCGUGACACUCGAGGAGUUCAGCGCCAUCAGCACCGACGGCCAGUGGAAGCCCACCUUUAUCCAGGAUUCCGCGAAGAGCACCCACAAGCUCGCAACCCUUGGCGCGCUCGCUGUCUACUGGAACACGGACACAGAGCUGCUGGGUCCCGGACGAGAGGUCGACACAGGCGGAAAGCCUCCCAUGCCACAUGACGAGAUGGUUGACAAGUUCAAGAGUUUGAUCGGGUCAACCGAAGACACAGAGCUCAAUCACCAGUUCAUUCUGCGCCCCGUCAAUGGAAAGGCAAAGAUUGUCCUCGACAAGACCGGAGACGUUCAUAUCCCGAAAGCCAAGGCGAGCUUGCUAUUCGAAGAAAUCGGCCUGGUCAUUGAUGACGACCAAUACCGCGACGGCCUAAUGAUGGUGGAUCUUUUCCACUACUUCAUCCGCCACCAAGAAUACAAGAAGUUCCAGCCCAAGGGAGUCACGCCCAAGGAAGACCCGAGAGCCUGGCUCAAAUUUGCCGGCGAAGCUGUGCUCAGCAAGAUACACGAGAGAAACCGCAGAUGGUCCUGGGACUACUUCCGAGAACGGCGUGACGAUCGCAAACGCUACAUUGAACUCUUCAAGAAGCGGAAACAACAGCAGCAGCUCAAUGCCCAAGAAAGCGAAGAACUCAAUAAGCUCGAGUUCAAGCUCGACUACGAGGACCUGCGGUUCUGGCGGUCUCUGGCCCGUAACCAACUGAAGAAGGAGAACGCUGCUGCCCUCAAGAACCAGCCUCCCAAACAGGAGCAGCAAGGUUGGCUGGCAUGGGCUUGGGGCAGCGGCCAGAAACAGCAGGAACAGCAUGCAGAGGACGACGAAAAUACGCAGAUCACCGAAGAGCAGCGCAAAGAGCUGUACGAUGCCAUCGAGUUUGACGAAAAGACAGCGUUGGCCGAAUCAGUGGACAUCCCCCGAGACUCGAUUAAGAUGCAGGUCGAGGCAUGGUUGAGCACCGGAAGCUUCACGUUGAAGAAAAGCCAUAACGGCAAGCGCAGCGACCUUCUCAGUCUUCAUUUUGAUGUUUUUAAAGCCAAGGUUCUACAGCGCCCCGAUUCCUUCCUCGCCGAUCUCAGUCUCGGUGGUCUUCGUGUCAACGAUGGAACAACGCCCGAUACAUUGUUCCCUGAAAUCGUCAGGGUCAAGGAUGCCCCUGAUACCCACGACCAGAAGCGACUCACCAUUGAGGAACUCGAGGAAAACGACGACGAGCCCUUCUUUCGUUUUGAGGUUGAGCAGAACCCCAUUGAUCGUGAAGGAGACAUCGCCCUUAGCGGAUCGCUCAAGCCCCUGGAGAUCGUGUGGAACCCGAACUUCGUGGUUGGCGUUGCAGACUUCUUCCGUCCACCAGAAAGACACAUGGAAUCCAUCACAGCGCUGAUGGAGACUGCCGGUGCUACUGUAGAGACGUUCAGAGAACAGACUCGCGCUGGUCUUGAGUUUGCACUCGAGGAACACAAAACCAUCAAUGCCCAGCUCGACUUGCAGGCUCCGCUCAUUAUCGUGCCAGUCAGCAUUGCCGUCAGGGACUCCACCUGCUUGAUUCUGGACGCCGGCCAUAUCAGUGUUAACAGCGAGCUGGUUGACCAGGACACAAUGAAACAGAUCCAGUCCAAGCAACGACAAUCGUACACGGACGAGGACUUCAAGCGUCUCGAGUCUGUCAUGUAUGACAAGUUCUUGGUGAAGCUUUCCUCUACACAGGUGUUGAUAGGCCCAUCCAUCGACGUGACGAAAGCUCAGCUUUCGAAGAAGGAUAAUACGCAACAUCUACACGUUGUGGAAGAAAUCAACGUUGACUUCGUCGUCGAAACUUCCAUCCUCCCCAAAGCCCCGAACCUGACGAAGCUCAAAGUCUCCGGCCAUCUUCCCAUGCUCCAUGCUACCGUCUCAGAUUCAAAGUACAAGAACCUGAUGCGAAUCAUCGAUGUCGCCAUUCCCAAAUUUGGUCAGGGUGAACAACAGGAACAGAUCAAAGACUCCCAAGGACAGCCAGGAUCUCUGUACCGAAGCGACCCAGACAAGAAGAAGCCCGAUCAGUUGCUCGUUGAAUUGGUUGCAGAAAACUUUGACCUUCUCUUCUACCUGCGCCCAUACGACAUGAACGCCGAGGUUUCGCUGGGCUCCGUCACGAUGGAUGACUUUGUCGACAACCCUUCAGCAGAUUUCAAAUCAAUUGUGUCGUCUGGAGACGUCGAGGAUCGCGAGCAGAAUCGCAGCCUUGUCAGUGUCAAGUUCACCCGGGUCAACCGCUUGUCGCCAGAGUUUAUGCCAGUGUAUGAGGGCGUGGAGACAAACGUUACCGCUGCAAUUUCCACAAUCAACCUUAUUGUGACUAGAAAGACACUUCUCACGCUUUUGGAUUUUAUCCUAGCAACUUUCACUGGAAAUAACAACGAAGCAGCAACACCGCAGGAACAGAAGGCCAUUUCGGACUCGGACGACGACGACGAAGAAGUCGAGAUAGCAGUCGAUGCCCCGCCAGAAGACGCUCCAGCAAACACAGGCUCCAUCAGAGUCAAGGUGGACUUGAAGAGUAUCCGGAUGAUCCUGAAUAACGAUGGGAUCCGCCUGGCUACCCUGUCAUUCAAUCAUGCUGACGUCGGAGUUUUCCUUUUGGGCAAAACCAUGCGUGUGAAUGCAAAGUUGGGCAAUCUCAACCUAGUCGACGACAUCAACCAGGGCGUCUCGGAGGAGUCCAAUCUGAGGCAACUCAUUUCCAUCCAAGGCGACGAGCUUGCCGACUUCCGUUACGAGACGUUCGAUGCGACCAACAAAAAGGCGUAUCCCGGAUACGAUUCCUCAGUCUAUUUGAGGGCUGGCUCCGUCAAGCUUAACUUUCUCGAAGAGCCUUUCAGAAAGAUCAUUCAAUUCCUCGUCAAGUUUGGCAAGAUGCAAGCCAUCUACAAUGCCGCUCGUCAAGCAGCGGCGUCGCAAGCCAACCAGAUCCAACAGAGCACGAGCAAGUUAAAGUAUGAUGUUGUGGUCAAGACACCGAUUGUUGUUUUCCCUCGGGUUGUUACCCAAGGACAAACCAAGCGGGAUGUCAUCACUGCCUACUUGGGUGAAAUCUAUGCUCAGAACAAGUUUGCCCCAUUGGAUGAUUCUGAAGACUCUCAGAUAGCGACAAAGAUCUCUGCCGGAAUCCGCAACAUUCGUCUGACAUCCGACUUCAAUUACCCUGGCGAUCUUUCCGAAGAGCUAGAGCUGAUCGACAAGGUUGAUCUUGGCUUCAACGUCACUUACGCUGAGCACCAAGACGGCAAAAAGCGACCCGAGCUUGAGAUUGAAGGCAGCAUGUCUGACUUCAAUCUGCGGCUUACCCAGUUUCAACUCAGGUUCUUGAUGGAGAUCUCAAAGGCUGUCCCCGCCGCAUUUGCUGCCGACUCGGAAGAGCAAGAUCAAGAGGCUGAGCGCGAAGUCGAUAAAGACACACUGCAGAGAGCUAAGUCUAUGCCCAUUGACAAGAGCUCAAGUGAUGAGCAGAAAGAGGUUGAUCUUGGUCCUGAGCUAUCCCCCAAGAACCAAGCAUGGACAAAACUCGACCUUGUCUUCCAGGUUAACACCAUUGGCAUGGAGCUAUUACUUGCCCCCGGGGAGAAGCCCGUUGGCAAGCUAGAGGAUGCCAGCUUGUCCCGGUUCUCAUUAGAUGGUACCAAACUAAAGACACGCAUGCUCAACGAUGGUUCUCUCGAGGGCGAAUUCCUGAUCCACUCAUUUACAAUUUACGAUAGCCGCCCUCAGACGCCAGAGGAGUCUGACAUUGACACUGAUUCUAUGCAAGUCACUUGGUCCAACAAAGCCAAGUCACAGAAGAGCAGCAGUGAUGAGAUCGAAGAGCCCCAGGGAGAAGCCAACGACAAGCCCCAAAGCACCCUGAGCAUUGCGUAUAGGGUAAACAUUGUGGAUGCACAAGUCAUAUUGAUUGCAAACCCCCUUAGCGCCAGCUCCGAAGCCAUCGUACUUGGCACCAAGCAGGUCUUGCUUUCUCAACAACAUGCCCUGACCUUUCAAGUUUCCGAGAUUGGCAUGUUCCUUUGCCGAAUGGAUCGGUUCGAAGACUCACGCCUCCGACUCAUCGACGAUUUCUCCGUCCAAAUGUCAAUGGAUAGUUCGAAACCCAACAUUACGAGCAUUCAUGCAGACAUUGAACCUUUGAUUCUACGACUCUCCCUGAGAGAUAUUCUACUCGCUCUUCAAAUCGCCAGCAAGGCUACUGAACUGUCGGACCAACAACAAAAGGAGCAGGACAACAAGAAGUCUGCUUCCGCUGCAGAUGAGAAAGCGAAGCAACUUCGUCAGGCUGGUAUCAAGCAGCGAACGGCCAGUGGUAAAGGACCAUCAACCAUGGCGAACAAGACCGUUGUGUCCAAGACCGCCAAGGUAGCGGCGUCUCAAGCGAAACAAGAUCAAGAAGACCCGCAUGGCACAGCUAUCCAAGCCCGCCCGAAACGUCACGAGGAACUCUCAGCCACCAUUGAGGGUAUUCGUGUUGUUCUCAUUGGCGACGUCCAUGAGCUUCCCAUCCUCGACCUGGGUAUCAAAAGCUUCACUGCCACGGCUGAAGACUGGUCUUCCAACCUCAAGGCCGAGACGGCUAUCGACCUUUACACAAAUGUCUACAAUUUCUCCAAGUCAGCAUGGGAACCCUUAUUGGAACCUUGGCAGGUCGGUUUCGGGAUCGCGCGGGAGCAGCAGUCAGGCCUGCUGUCCAUCGACGUUGCGUCCAAGAAAGUCUUCGAUGUCACAAUCACAACUGCCACUAUUGCGCUGGCGUCGAAGUCUUUCGCCUUUCUCAGCAAAGACGAAGAUGUUCUCGGCAAGCCACGUGGUGUCGAUGCCCCGUAUCGCAUCCGAAACUACACUGGUUUCGAUGUAGUGGUACAGUCCAAGAGCACGAUAACGGACGACAACAUGACAGCCCGCCUCGAAGAUGGAGAGGAGGCGCCCUGGAGCUUUGAGCCCUGGGAAAAAAUGCGAGAAAACCUUUCUACGGAAGGCAGCACCGGCAGCGUGGGAAUCCAUCUGGAGGGCAGUGGCUUUGACGCGGUUAAGAACGUCAGACUGAACCGUGAGGGUGAGGCGAUCUAUGGCCUGAAGCCCAAGACUGACAACAUUCUGCAUCGCUUGCUUGUCGAAGUCACCUUGGGAAAGGACAACGUCAAAUACGUCACUCUACGAUCGCCGCUCGUGGUUGACAACCUCACCCAAAUCCCCGUCGAGCUGGGUGUGUACGACGCCCAAGAGGGCCACCUGCUCAAGAUUGAGAAGAUUGCCCCCGGAGAGAGCCGACCCGCUCCGGUGGGAGCUGUGUUCAUGAAGUCCUUGCUCGUGCGACCCGACUCGGGCUUCGGGUAUGCAUGGUCUUCUGAGACCCUGUGGUGGAGAGAUCUCUUGAAGCGACCUACACGGACGAUGGUCUGCAAGGGAGAAAACGGCGAUCCGUUCUAUUUCCAGCUCAAUGCUACGUUUGACAGAUCGAAUCCGCUGACCAAGAACUAUCCGUACAUGCGUAUCAAGCUGUCGCCGCCAGUGAUUCUCGAAAACUUACUUCCGUACGACUUCAAGUACCGCAUUUACGACAAGAACACAAAGAAGGACUGGGCAAACUUUCUUCGCAAGGGUGGCCUAAGUCCGGUCCACGUCGUGGAGCUGUCUCACCUCCUUCUUCUCAGUAUCGACAUGCAGGAUACCGUAUUUAAGCCCAGCGACUUUGCAAUUAUCAACGCCGGGUCGUCAGAUGACUUCAAAAAAGAAGAUCGGCUUCUUUGCAAGGAUGCCGACGGCCUGCAGCUUAAUCUUAAGCUUCACUACCACAAGGUUCCAGACGGCGGUGGGGCCUUCCGGGUGACCGUCUACAGUCCUUACAUCAUCUUGAACAAGACCGGGCUCGACCUUCAGAUUAGAGCCAAGGGUUUCCUUCAGGGCGCGCGGCCUGCAGCUGGCCAGUCAACUCUGUCUAACAGGUCCAGAUCCGACAGAGAUCGUCCCAAGGCCACCCCGUUCAUGUUUUCAUUCGGCAAUGAAGAUCACAGAAAUCGAGCGUUAUUGCAGAUUGCUGACUCUGAGUGGAGCAAGCCGCAAAGUUUUGAUGCUAUCGGUAGUACAACAGAAGUGGUACUGCCGUCACCCUCCAGGAACACCGAAGUGCACAUCGGCAUUACGACUGAGGCUGGAGAAGGCAAGUACAAGAUGACCAAGGUCGUUACUCUGGCGCCGAGGUUUGUCCUGGAAAACAAGCUCGGAGAGGAGAUCAACGUCCGAGAGUCCAGCUCAUCAGGCUUCAUGACACUAAAGCCUAGCGCCCACCAACCACUUCACUUCAUGCAGAAGACGGCUGUCAAGCAGCUUUCUCUUUGCCAUCCGGGAAUGAAUAAUCAAUGGACUUCGCCCUUCAACAUCUCGGAUAUCGGCACUACUCAUGUCAAGAUUGCCAAGGCAGGUCAACGCCAACGUUUGAUUCGCGUCGAGACUUUGAUGGAAGGUGCUACCAUUUUCUUGCACCUCAGUCUGGAGACCAAAAACUGGCCGUACCAGAUGAGAAAUGAGAGCGAUACGGAAUUCACGUUCUAUCAGGCCAAUCCCAGCUUGGAUGAUGACGGAGUUGAAGACAGAUCAGGCUGGAGGCCCAUCAAGUAUAGACUGCCGGCCAGAAGUAUCAUGCCCUAUGCCUGGGACUUCCCCGCUGCCAAGUUCCGCGAGAUCAUCAUCAACGCCCACGGCAAGGAGAGACACGUCAAGCUGGCCGAGAUCGGCAACCAGAUUCCGAUGAAGUUCACGACCAAUUCCGGUCAACAAAAGAUCAUUGACAUCAACGUAGCCGCCGAUGGCCCUACGCAGACUCUGAUUCUAUCCAACUUCCGGCAAUCGAAGAGUCUGUACCGACAGAAGUCAAAGUCUGGCUCCCGCACAAGCACCGAUGGCUUUGAAGUCAAGGAUCAGGAGACGACUGCAACUUUCCGAGCCCAGCUGAAGCUCUCAGGCAUUGGAAUUUCACUUAUCAACUCUCAGCUCAAGGAACUUGCCUACGUCACCUUCAGGGACGUCUCACUUCGUUACCACGACUCUCCUCUCCAGCAAACUAUCAGCUUCUCGGUCAAGUGGAUCCAGAUUGACAACCAACUGUACGGCGGCCUCUUCCCGAUGAUUUUGUACCCUAGCGUAGUCCCGAAGAGGGCCCAGGAGGUUGACGCGCAUCCCUCGAUCCACGCCAUGGUCACUCGGGUGAAGGACGAUUCAUACGGUGUGCUUUACAUCAAAUACGCCACACUCUUGAUGCAGCAAAUGACGAUUGAACUCGACGAAGACUUCGUUUAUGCGGUUCUGGAUUUUGCAAAUAUUCCUGGAGCCGCCUGGUCCGAUACCAACGAAGAAGGCAAGCUGUGUGACGAGGAGUUGGACAUUCCUGAGCCGCAACAGCAGCAGUCCGGUCAGGACAUCUACUUCGAGCUGCUCAACAUCCAGCCCAUGCAACUUGAUCUGUCCUUCAUGCGCACGGAACGAAUUAAUGCUGAGGACAAGACAUCGUCGCGAAACCCUCUCAUGUUCUUCCUCAAUGUCAUGACCAUGGCCAUCGGUAACGUCAAUGAUGCACCCAUCCGUCUAAACGCUCUCAUGUUAGACAACGUCCGCGUCUCGGUGCCUGCUCUGACGCAGAACAUCUCGAGUCACUACAGCCAAGAGGUACUCUAUCAGAUUCACAAGAUCCUUGGCUCUGCCGAUUUCCUCGGUAACCCAGUCGGUUUGUUCAACAACAUCAGCUCUGGCCUAACAGAUGUGUUCUACGAACCCUACCAAGGGCUGAUUCUUUCGGACAAACCCGAAGAUUUUGGUAUCGGUGUUGCAAAGGGAGCUGCGUCGCUCGUCAAGAAGUCUGUCUACGGUUUCUCAGAUUCUUUCUCUAAGUUUACUGGCAGCUUGUCCAAGGGUCUAGCGGCUGCAACUCUCGACAAGCAGUUUCAGGAUCGUCGUCGUAUUACGCGCGCACGCAACAGGCCCAAGCAUGCUCUCUAUGGCGUCACCACCGGCGCCAACUCACUCUUCACGAGCGCCGCAUCCGGUGUGGGUGGACUUGUGCGCAAGCCACUUGAAGGGGCAGAGCAAGAGGGCGCACUGGGAUUCUUCAAGGGUGUUGGAAAGGGCGUCAUAGGAUUUGCGACUAAGCCCGCAAUCGGUGUUCUGGAUAUGGCCUCCAAUGUUUCUGAAGGCAUCCGCAACACAACGACGGUCUUUGACGGCUCAGAGCUUGACCGUGUUCGACCUGCUCGGUUCGUGCCUUCCGACGGCAUUGUGCGACCCUACAACGCUCGGGAAGCACUCGGACAGUCAUGGUUGAAGCAAGUUGAUAACGGCAAGUACUUCAACGAAAACUACAUUGCUCACCUUGAGCUACCCCGCGAAGACAUGGUAGUCAUGGUCACAUACGCCCGGAUCCUGCUUAUUCGCAGCCGGCGUUUGACUUCUGAGUGGGAUGUGCCACUAAAAGAUGUCCAAACCAUUGCAAAGGAGCGGACAGGUCUGAGCCUGACCCUAAGAGGCGGCACAAACGGGCCAUUUAUCCCUGUCGGCGAUGAAAGCGGCCGCGCCUUCUUGUACAAAAUGGUGGCCGUCGCCGUAGAGGAGUUCAACAGGCGAUUUAGAGGAUUGGAGUGA